AUGACAAGAUCUCGCAUGUCGACCAGUUUGGAAGACUACGUCUUUCUAGUCGCUGGAACUCGAUAUGUCGCGCUUCGACCACAAACAGAUUUUAUUCUCCCGGGCGCGCCCUCUUUUACUCUAGCCACUGUCUUUGUUCUCCCGCCGGACGAUAGAAGUCACAUCGCAGCAGAGUGGCUGAAAGAAAGAGUGGCAUCGUACCGACAGGAUGAUGUAUUCCACAACGACUUUCUUGCCAACAUUAUAUUCCACAGCGCUGGUAAAGAUGCCCUCGAUAUCACAGACGAUGCCGCGCAGUAUCUCCGCGAGAUCGGCAAUCAGGCAACGGCUUUCAGCACAUCGACAGGCCUUCGGCCGGGUCCAUAUGCCUGUAUUAACCAGCAAUUGAGGCAGGCUUGGAAGCUGGUGGAUGACUUCAACGGAACUUGCAUGGUUACUUUGAAACCGCGAUCCAGGCGAGUGAUCACUUUCAAUUUGUCCGAUUCUUUCGAAUCUUUUCCACUGAGAAGCUCCGAUGACCAGUUCUCUUGCUUUGCUCUUCCAUCUCGCAUAUCAACUGAGGCGACCACUAACUCCGCCAUCGCCGGCUUCCGCAUCAUCAUCAAAGACAAUAUUCAUCUUAAAGGCAUCAAAACUUCCCUUGGUAAUCGAUCCUUCUACAACACAUACCCAGCAUGUGACGAAUCAGCAGAAUGCAUCCAGAAACUGAUAAACGGCGGUGUGGUGAUUUCUGGAAAGGCCAAAAUGAACUCGUUUGGAAACUGGGAAGAGCCGACCGAGUAUACGGACUACCAGGCACCCUGGAAUCCCCGUGCAGAUAGAUAUCAGUCCACCGGCGGUAGCAGUUCUGGGAGUGCAGCUGCCAUUGCAUCAUAUGACUGGCUUGACAUCGCUAUUGGUACUGACACUUGGGGAAGCGUGACAAGGCCCGCACUAUGGUGCGGUUGCUUUGGUCUACGGCCCAGUCUCGGAAUGGUUUCGUGUAACGGAGUCGAACCCUACGUCAAAUCUUGGGACAUUCCAGGCAUUCUUGGAAGAGACUUGAAGAAGUGCAGAGAUUUCGCAGCUGAGUGGUUCAACCUCGAUAAAUGUGGUAAAAACACCAAGGCAGGUCCAUAUCCAUUCUCUUCCAUCAUCUGGCCAGAGGACUUCUGGAAGAUCAUCGACAAGGAACAGGUUGACAUGGGGAGGAAGUUCUCCAAACUCGUUGAACAAGACCUGGGUAUAGUCCUUGAAUCUCUGUCUUUCGAAGAAAUAUGGGCAAAAAAUCCCCCCUCCGUAGCCAAUGGCCGAUUGCUGCACGACUUCAUUCAUCCGGCCACCGUCGCCCUCGCGUAUGAUGUUUAUCACAGUUGCGACGAUUUUCGUGUGAAGCACUGGGAGUAUUUCAACUGUGCACCAUAUACAACGAUUCCUAACGAAAGAUUAUGGGCCGUUGGCAAAACGAUCACGAAAGCACAACGAGAUGAGGGAUUUGCAAAAAUCGAGACGUACAGAAAAUGGUUUACUGAAACUAUCUUGGUGGAAAAGCAUAGCAACGCCCUGAUUAUUUUACCACUCGAGAACAUGGCACCGAGAUACCGUGACGAGCCACCCAAGUUCAAACGUCCUCCUCAAGAUGGAAUCAAUGCUUUGUCACUUGCGCCUGUUCUACAUUCACCAGUCCUUACUGUUCCAAUCGGUGAAAUUUCAUAUCAUUCUCGAGUAACAAAGUGCGAAGAAAGGCUUCCAUUCUCAGUCGCAGUUAUGGGUAUUCCAGGGGUUGACCUGUCCCUAAUGGAAACCGUGUACAGCGUACUUGAGAAAGCAGGCUUGCCGACUAGCGUAGAGACGGGAAAGACACUGUGGCGUGAACAAGCGAUUGCCCUCAAGGAUCAGAGUAAAGAGGAUUGA